AUGGAAAGUAAAGAGGAGUACCACGAUCCAGAUUAUCCUGAGGCUACAAUUUCCUCUAAGGAAGGACCUCCAAACUUACCCGAAGGAGAAAAAAUAGAUAAAAUUAAAAACAUAAUUCGUCGAGAGUUUGGAAAUGAAUUAGAUAUAAAAGAAAACGAAGUUAUGUUAGUAGAUCAACGGAUGCUGACGGCCAGGCGAGUGUUACAUGAGCUUCGCUACAGUGUUGUUAACAGUUACUACAAGGAGCAGAAGCUGCAACUCACUGCAAGCCAACUGCAGGAUGAGCUGGCUGCACAGAGUGAGCCUCGAGCGAGAGCGGAGGUGUCAACACUUUUACGUGAUGGACAGCGCCAAAUACAUCCGUCUGUGCGAAAGCUGCUGGGUAAAAAGUCAGUGGACCUCAAAGAGAUAUUCAAAAUAAGGGAGCCGAGGCUUAAGGCCAGAAAGGAUUAUUCUGCCAUGCUUCAGACCCGCAACUAUACAGUGGCAGCUGACUCCACAAAAUCACUCCGACCGGAAACGCAGAAACCAUCGGAUUCUGCUCCACAAUCUCCCGAUGAGCCUGAUAAAUCGGAAAAACCUAAGAAGAUACCGCGACAUCUGGAUCCAAAGGUUGUCAAUGUGGUCACAUUGGACGAAGCGACCAGAAACAAAAUGAAACAUCGGUAUAGGAUUAUUAUAGGCAACACGUCGAAGUAUGCGCCAGGGGGGUCCCGCGCAGACCGGUCUACGCACACGUGGCUGCUGUACGUGCGCGGCGCGGACGCCGUGCUGCGCGCUGUAUCCGUGCGCCUGCACCACUCGUACGCGCCGCACCACGUCGUGCGCCUCGAUAAACCUCCAUUCCACCUGGCUCGUCGUGGCUGGGGAGAGUUCCCGGCACAUGUGGAGAUGCACUUUGCGAUGCCGGAACGCAACCGGCCCGCAUCCGUGGAACACACCAUCCGGCUAGACCGACACUGCACCGGCUUGCAAACACUCGGCGCUGAAACAGUUGUAGAUGUGUGGCUGUACAGCACACCAGAAAUGCUGGAACAUGAAUACAAAGAAGACAUUCCAUCUACCUUAGCGAUAGAUACAAAUGAAACACAAGAAGCAGAAAAAUCAUCCAGUGAAGAACAUCAAAAACAAAAUCCCAAUGAAAUCCCUAACAUUAUUAAUGAUUUAGAUCAUAUUGACAACGUAAAAACGGGGGAAAACAAUGACGCUGAAAAAGUAAAUGACAGUUGGCUAGAGUUCUUUUCUAAAGACACCACGGUGUUAAAUGUUGACGAGAUGUUUGUGAAAGACAUUAAAAAAGAAGGAAUAGAUUACACUGAUCUUGAAGCUGCAAUCGACACCUCUAUAAUUUCGAGGACCGAUGAAUCUAACACCGUUAUAAAUAAUUCUAUUUUAUAUGAUCAGCCCUCCAAAACACCUGAUUGCACAGAUUAUAAAAUAAACGAAUCCACCGAAGAUUUGCCCAGUGAGAUUCUAAAUCAGUCUGUAUGUUCAAAGAAAAGAAUAGUGAAAUAUAUUGAUCCUGCGACCGGGAAAAUAUACUAUUUGGAAAUGGAUAGAGAUCUAGAUUUAACAAAAGUUCAAGAAAUCGUAAUAAACUCUGAAGGGAAUGUAAAGACGGCAAAAAUAAGCCCAAUUAAGUCGAAUGGCUUGAAACACGUGCGAAACUCGAAACACAGGGAGUCACUGUUAAGGCCAGAAGUUAGAAGUUUGGUAAGAAAAGAAACGAAAACUGAUAACUGCAGAGCCUUGAACAAUUAUCCACACAUAGAAAAUGAUCAUUGUUAUUUAGCGGCACCGAAGAAUGAUCGCACAGAUACCGAGAAUGAGGAAGAAAAUGAUGAAGAAAUGCCAAUGGAAAAUCAAGUUAGUGGCGAAAAAGUAAUUUCAACAGAUGGAAAAGACCUCUAUGAAACUCUUCGUGGAGAUGUACGAAGGUUUUCAAGCGUUAGAAUAGCAGCGAACUACCUAUUGAAGAAGAUUCCUUUGAUCACUGAUAAGGCAAAAGAUCCAGACUACGUGAAAUACUUUCCGUUUGUUGUCGAAAAUGACGAGAAAUACUGGAAGUUGGACUUUGCUAAGAGGAGAAAUAUUGAAUGGUCCAGAGCAAAACUUAUCAACAAACUAUUAAAAGAAAACCUAAGAACAGAUGAACAAAUAUGGCGGACAAAACAAAUACUAAUAUACUCCAGGUUACACGGGUUUUAUCCAAUCAGAACGGAAAAUAUACCCCAGCAAUUGGACAAAAGUAAUGAGGUGUGGUCGAUAUGGAAUUUGAAUGAUGAAUCUAGACAAACGGAAACUGAGAAAAGUGAAACUUGUCCAAACCCCGAUUUCAAUACAUUGACACUAUUUGAUAGUGAAGAGUUACUUGGUAACACUUCCCUAUUAGAGUCUGUAACUCAAUCAGACUCCGAUGAGGAAAUUGACAUUGUAGGGAGUGAAACUAAAGUGAAAGUGAAAAGUGAAGUGGUUCCUGAGACAAGUUUAGAAGUGUUGCCAGUUGAGAGUGAAGAGGACAGAUUAAGGUUUAUGUUUAUAGAGAAAAAGUGUGCAGACAUUGGGAUAGAGUUGAGAAAUGAGGAUAUCGGUAAUGGAUAUUCAUAUAGUGCGGUGCACGCGGUGUUGCUCUCUGCAAUGCGCAGCUUCGCGGAGGAGUUGUUGCGGAGUGGGCUGGCCGCCUCUAUCGCACCGAACACUGUCCCAGGUUCGAUGCCUCUUGUCUGGACCGAGCGUGCGCGCGUGCGUGCGGCGAGCGUGCGCGACCUGUGCGUCGCGCUGGGCGGGGCGUGCGGCGGGGCGUGCGGCGGGGCGUGCGGCGGGGCGGGCGGCGGCGCGGGCGGCGGGGCGGCGGGCGGCGCGGCGCGCCUGCAGCUGCUGGCGGCGCGCGGCCUCGCUUCGCUGCCGCACGCUGCACAACCGCUUUAA